AUGGUGUCUUCAACUCAUGGAAUAAUUCUCUUCAUUUCUGCAGCUGGACUGAUAUCUCUUGUGGUCGUCGCCAUCAAAGAGUCACUGCCUUGCCUUGGUCUUAGCAGGCCAGGAUCUGACUAUUUCUCUGGCCUAAUCCCAGAUUCCUUGUCCAAUGCAUCUCAACUUCAAAUAUUUGAUAUCUCUAGCAACAAUCAUUUAGAAAUGUUAUCUUUUUCCAUGGAUCAUUUUGGAGGUGCUAUACCAAACUCAAUCACCAAUUUGUCAACUAGGCUCAAUUAUUUGUAUUUGGGAGAAAAUGAAAUCACAGGAACUGUUCCUGUUGGGCUGGAGAAUCGUAUCAACUUAAUUGGUUUGGCUAUGGAAGACAACUCUUUCACCGGCGAAAUUCCUAGAACCAUUGGAGAUUGCUUGAACCUAGAGUAUCUUUAUAUGCAGAGAAACUUUCUCCAAGGAACCAUCCCUUCAUCUUUAGCUUCCCUUAGAGGCCUUCGAUAUCUAGAUCUUUCACAAAACAACUUGUCAGGACAAAUUCCGAAAGGAAAGGUACCAAAAAGAGAAGUAUUUGCUAAUGUUAGUGCAUUGUCACUGAUUGGGAAUAACAAGCUUUGCGGUGGUGUCCCAGAACUUGGUUUGCCAAAAUGCCCAACUAGAUUCACGAAGAAAGUGAACUCCCAUACUCUUAUGCUAGGAAUUGCAAUUGCUUGUGGGGUUCCAUCUGUGGUUUUGAUUCUGAUCCUUUUUCUUAUUUUCUGGAUGAAAAAGUUAAGAAGCAACUCUUCUUUUGCAUCCUUAGCAUUGAACCACCUUCUAAAUGUAUCAUAUAAAGAUCUUUAUCAGGCAACAAAUGGAUUCUCUUCUUGCAAUUUAAUCGGCUCAGGUUUCUUUAGCUCUGUGUAUAAAGGAUUUCUACCUCAAGUUGAAAGACAAGUAGCUAUUAAGGUACUCAACCUUGAGCAAACGGGUGCUAUUAAGGUACUCACUGGGGAAUGCAAGACAUUGAAACCUUGUUAA